AAAAAUAACAUGAGAGGAAGGAGAAGAGCUGCAGAGUGAAGCUGAGUCUUCCUCCAGCGAUGAAGUUUGCUGCAUGUUUCCAGCACCUCGGUCCGCAGCAGCAGCGUUAUUCCACCUGACGACGCCACCCGACGUUCCUCCACCUCAGCAGGUCCCAGACUCCCUCCCUCCACCCACCCAUCCAUCCAUAAGCAACAUGAGUGAGGACCGGGAGGGACGCGCAGCCGCACCGCCCCCCAACGUCAAGCCCAAGCUCGGCCAGACGGAGAGGAGGAGCAAGGAGGGCACGUGGAAGAAGGAGAAGCCCCCCAAGGAGAGGAGGUCGAGGAGCACCCACUCCGAGAGGGAGGACGAGAGGCGGGGCAGAGAGCGGGACCGACACCGGGGGGGCCGGAGCCGGCGGGGGAGGAGCGAGGAGGCCCGGGGCCGAGACGGCAGAGGGAGCGCCAGCGGGAGGGUGAAGCCCCCCGAGGACGAGGUGGAGGACACCGAGUGCGCCGUGUGCUUCUGCUCUUACGACAACAUCUUCAGGACCCCCAAGCUGCUGGCGUGCGGUCACACCUUCUGCCUGGAGUGCCUGGCUCGCAUCAACGUGACCUCCGCCCGCCUCAAGACGCUGAGCUGCCCGGUGUGCCGCGAGCCCACCGAGCUGCCCCACGGCCGGGACCUGCCCCGCCUGGGCACCAACAAGGACGUCCUCGGCAGGCUGCCCCCGGACAUGCGCAGGGUGCUUUCCAUCCGCUUCAAGCGCAGCAAAGGGAAGCUGCAGCUGAAGAACCCCCCUCCCGCCGGCCGGGACAAGAACAGCGUCCGGCAGCCCAGCAAGAUCCAGGGCGGUGCGGUCCCGGCAGGGGGGCACAGCGACCUGAGUGCUCUGGAGCAGGGAGUGGCCCCCACCACGGUGGUGGACGUGGGCAGGCCUCCCAACAGGGUCAGAGGUCGCCUCCGCAGGCUGUUCCGCUCGGACCGGUGCUACUACGCGGCGGUGGCGUCCGUCAUCACCAUCACCGUGGUGCUCAUGCUGGCGGGGGUCCUGGCCUUUGUCAUCAUCCCCAGCCUGUCCGUCAACCGGAGGCCCUUCCCCGGGGGGAACCAGACGUCCGACCGCCCCCCGGGGUGAGCUGGCCCCUGGGGCACCGGAGGAGGAUGCUCAGUGGUCCUUCGGCGCUCUCGGUAGAGGAGGGGCUGGACCCUGGGACGCAUUCUGUCCAGGGGGGGGCGAUGAAGGAAAACAAUGAGCUAAACUCUGCCGUGCGCCUCCUUGUACAUACAUGAUUUAUAUAUUUGUAUAUAGGAACUUUUCUCGUAUCACACGUCAUUUCUCUCAUUUGCAUACUUUUUUCAGAGACUUUGAAGGCCCACUGGUCAGUAUUUCCAAAACAGAAGAAAGACUUCCUGUCCAUUUGUCCUCUGUGGAGUGAAAACAGAACCCGCAUGUCUUCAGACUGAUACCCUCGGGUGGUGUAAACAGACAGUGGAGGAGGGUGGAGGUGGUGGGCCAACCUGUUUGGCGGCAUACGUUCACGAUGUGCUCAGGGAGAAAGCAAAAACACGAUGGGUGGAAAACUACGAACAACCACAACAAACAGCAGGGAGAGAAAAUCAGUUCCCUCACGUGAAGCUUUCCUGCAGCCUUUCGCUCGCGCUCAGUUAGCCCAAAGUUCAAAUGACCGGAUCCAUGUGUGGAAUGCAAUGUGCUGUGUUUAAUAUUUAAAAACCAAUGACUAAACGUUUAUUUACUAUGUUUAUCACAUUGCAAAUUAAGAAAAUAUUGCUCCAUAAAGAGUUGUCUUUGUAUUGCACAAGUUCUUCUUUGUUGCUUAAAUAAACCUGACUUAAGUGGAACUGCUGAGUAAGAACAUUGACUAUUUUAAGCCCAAAAAGUACCGAAUGUAACGGCACAUUCACAUGAUACUUUUACCCACCGCUGCUUAUACACAUCGGAGCAUUUCUCUUCCUUUGGGGAAAAGUACUGAGAGAAUAAACACCUGAGAAACAGAAAGAUUAAAAUACAGUAAAAAGUGUAUAAAUGUGGAGGAAUUACCAGAAGAACACGUGUUCUUCCUACAGCACUUAAGAGAGAUAUUUUACUUUGGUGCAAGCAGUAAAACAAUGAAGUAUUGUCAGCAAAAUGUACUAAUCAAAGUACUUAUUAUAUCUGUC